GUUGCGAACCGUGUCGAGGAGAUUGGUGGGUGUGUGUGCCUGUGUGAUCGCUGUGGCGACUGUACAUUGUAGCAGAGACCUCACUGCCGCGUGUGGCAGCGAUAUUGGUAAGGAACACUGGAUUGCCACUCUACAAAGGGCUGUCCAACAGAGGGCAGUGUGAGAUUUGACCAGUCCCACGCUCCUCCGGUCCCCUCAGGUCCUCGCUGUGUGUCUGCCGUCAGAAUCACCCCUCUGACAAGCAUGAAAGGCUCUCCCGAUCUGAUUCCGUCUGCAGAGCUGGACCCUACAAGGGUGUGUAAAGGGAAGGGGGUCGUGACUCUGAGGGCCACUCUGGUCCACAUAGACGACGAGGACUGCGUCAGUGAAGAAUCAAAUGUUGACACAGCGCCAAGUGGUUGGAUCGGCCAGAUCAAUGGAGACAGCGCUCAAACGGGAUUUGCUGAUGGAGGCUUCCACGACAUCACAGCUGAUUUACCUACAGUCAACAGAACUCAAGCCCAGGGAAGUUCACCUGUGAACACAGAAGAACCCCAGCUUCCUGCCUCUUUUGACAUUCAGAACUAUAUUUCGUCGACAAAGGCCACCUCUGCCUACCCAUCCACCGCUGGCACUGUCAACCCAACCGUAGUUCUGCUACAACACAACAGAGACCCCACCCCAGAGAGGGACAAAUCGCCUGAUCCAGGACCUGUAGUUGGAACAGAGAGAGAACUGAGCCAACACCCAGAUAUGGAUGGCAAGAGGAUGAGGUACUCUCAAUCCCAUAUCUUGGGCCCACUGAACCAGCCCAUCGUGCCAGUACGGAACACAGAUAAGUCAAAGGACUGGUACAAGAACAUGUUUAAACAGAUACACAGAAUUCCAGAACCUGUUGAGGAAAACCCAUAUCGCCCCACCUACAUAUUCCCUGAAUCCUAUGAUCCUAGGCAGAUGAAAACAACAGAUGAUGGUCACUCCCCCUAUGGUUAUGUGGAAGAAGUGAAAGCGGUCCCACGAUCAAAAAGUGCCGCUGAAGUUGACCAUAGGUCGUCUAUGCCUGUGCCAACACGGUCCUCUUCCCUCAAACCUGCCAAAAGGAACGACUGGGAGCCCCCUGACAAAAAGGUAGACACCAGGAAGUACCGUGCCGAGCCCAAGAGCAUCUUCGAGUACGAGCCGGGAAAAUCGUCGGUGAUGAAACUGGAGAGAAAGACUCCGCACACUAGUCCAGAAGAUGUAGAUUUAGAGAAUGAGCCUUGGUAUAGAUUCUUUUCAGAGAUGGACUUUGAUAAAGCGAGUGCCCCCUCUUUCAGCCCUCUGGAAACACCCUCCGACCUACAGAAGUACUCCGGGUGUAAGGCCGGACACAGCGAGGUGGAGAAGGACGAAGGCUCGUCUGGCAGCGAGCCAGCGGCUCCAGAAUGCGACCGCUAUGUUUACAAGAGCAUCCUGGAGGGCGGGGAUAUUCCCUUGCAAGGUCUGCGGGCCCUCAACAAGCGCCAUGCAAGCACCUCCUCUAAAGUGGAUUAUCAAGGUGGGAAUGGCUAUAUCAUUUCCCCCUGCUCUUCUGUAAAUAGUCGAUCAGUUCUUGCCAGUAAUGCCCUAGGUUACCAGUGUAAGAAUAAGAAGCCCUUAUCUGCCGCCAAAGGCUGCAUACCCCAAAUCCUCCCCUCUAAGUUCAAACCUAAGCUGAUGGCCCCUGGUGGUGACAGCCAGGACAGGAGGACUGUGCCUGCCAAGCACCCAAAGGCACACAGCUGUGAGGAUAUAUACACAGGGAGCACAGGAGCAGAGGCCCGGGAGAGCGGACUACACUCAAACACAGACUCAGACUCCAAUGAUCUCCCUCUUGACUCUGAGACUGGUUUUCAAAAUGGCAACCCUGAGACUAGAAGGAGCACAGCCGAGUUCUCCACCCUAUACCGGAACAUGCACAGCAUCCAGAGGCCUUCCUACUCGGUGGGCUCCAGCCCCCACGGGAGUGUCCGAAGCCUGACCUCCCUGUUUGAAAAGGUGGGGAUCAAUGAAACUGAUGGGGAGGGGCACGAGGCAGGGGGGAACAUUCCCCGGCGGGACGCUGUGUUGUCAAGGGUGUCGGCGUUUGAACUGAUCAUCCAGCGCUCCAGCUCGACUCCCACACGCUCCUCCUCCAUGCCAACGCUACCCACUGGCCCCACCCACAACCACGGCGCCGCCAACCUCUUCAUGGUGUCUGCCGUCUCAGCUGAGUUGCUGCUGGUCACUGACCCUGGGCAGACAGAGGGCUGCCCUCUGGAGGACAUGGAGGGCAAGGCAGCCCAAGACGAGGCCUCUCUAUCAGGCAGCAAGAUAGUGGAGGCGGUGGCAUCCUCGGAGUACAGUGACACCCUGCGAGCCGAGUCUCUCUCUGGGACUGAGGUAGAGAUAGAGCAGCACGGCUCCACAGAGAAAGUACCAAAAGAGAAACACCCAGUGGUCACUUUCUCCAGAACCUCAAACAGUCCCCCAGCACCAGUCACUCCAUAUGCUCCCCCACACAACUACCACCUCCACAACCACCACCACCACCACCUUAAACCCAGCAGCAAGUGCAAAGGCUCCUGCCCAGCCUCUUAUACCCGGUUCACCACCAUCCGGCGGCAUGAGAGGCAGCAGCAGGCCUCAGCCCAGCAGGACAAACUCUCCACUCAGGAGAAAAUAAAGAACUCCUCCUCUCUCCCCGCGAACCUCUUGCUCAUGGGCCCUGCACCAUUCAUGGUGAAGAGGUCUCUCCAGUCUCACCGGGCCAAAAAUUAUGUCUCAGCUACUAAGGUGAUGGCAGGUCAAAGGUCACAGACCCAUUCUAGUGAGCCCAGGCCCCUCAUCCCACAGCGUCUCUCUUCCUUGGAGGUGCUGGAGAGGCUUGGCACUGGGGAGGGUGCGCCGACCGGCAGUGACAACAACCUGACUAAUGGGGGAGGCAUGGACGCCAAUGGGAAUCUUCUGCAGCCGCUGGCAGCUCAUCGCAGAGAUUCAGACUCGUCCCAGGCUUUGACCCAAGGAGACCUUGGUGACGGCCAGGAUGAGGUGGUUAGGAGACGCCAUGGAGACAAAGAGAAAAUCCUCGAAGAGCAGCGGCGGUUGAAGAGGGAGCAGGAGGAGGCUGACACAGCAUCGAGGCGACACACAGGAAUCGUUCCCACCCACCACCAGUUCAUCACUAAUGAACGCUUCGGAGACCUGCUCAACAUCAACAUCAACGACACAGACAAGAGGAAAUCCGGAUCAGAGAGAACUCCAGCCCUGGCUCGGUUUGACUUCAGAGCAGAGACUCUAAAGGAGUUACCAUUUCAAAAGGGAGACAUUGUGUACAUCAUUCGACAGGUGGAUAAUAAUUGGUUCGAAGGGGAGCAUCAUGGCAGAGUCGGCAUCUUCCCACGGAGUUAUGUUGAGCUCCUUCCCCCCACGGAGAAGGCCCAGCCAAAGAAGAGUGCCCCAGUGCAGGUGCUGGAGUAUGGAGAGGCCAUAGCCCGUUUCAACUUCACAGGGGACACGGUGGUGGAGAUGUCAUUUAGAAAGGGAGAGAGGAUCAUCCUAAUUCGCAGGGUCGAUGAGAACUGGUACGAGGGCAAGGUCUCCGGUUCCAAUCGCCAGGGUAUCUUCCCCGUCACCUACAUAGAGGUGCACAAACGACCCAGAGUCAGGAAUGGAUUGGAUUAUCCAGACCCGCCCAUUGGCCAAUCACCUCACCGCAGCCUCAAUGCUUCCCCUCAGCUGGUGAAGAAUGAGAGUGACUACCAGGGUAGAACCUCCAGGAGCCCUGUCAUGUUGUUUGACAUCCACGACAACAACAUGAAUGCUAACUCAUUUGCGCAACCCCAGUCCCACAGCCCGGAGCCGAGUCGUCUCAGCUGUGGAAUUUUCCAGGCUUUGUACUGUUACGUGCCACAGAAUGAGGAUGAGCUGGAGCUGCAGGAGGGAGAUCUUGUCAGCGUAAUGGAGAAGUGUGACGAUGGCUGGUUUGUUGGUACCUCAAAGAGGACCAAACAGUUUGGCACGUUUCCAGGAAACUACGUGAAAGAGGUCAACUUGUAACCUGUCAACAGACAUUUAUAGUGUGAGGAGAACCCAGCUCUAACCCGUGGUUACCAUUCAAGUAUUUGGGAAGGCAUUACUAUUGCGCUUGAUUGUUUCAAUUAGGAUAGUCAUUCAGUCAGGUGAAUAUGUUUGUCUGGUGUAAGUGAUCAGUUUGGUGUGAGGUAUGUUGAUGUACAUGAGGCGAAGACAGGAGGAAGCUUUGCUGUUGACUCACUGCCCAAACGUCAGUGUGGUGUAUACGUACUCCAACCAUAUCCCACACAGUACAUGGGCUGAAUUUAUAAUAUCCUAUUCUGACAAUAGAUCUUUUAGUUUUAAAAAAUCCUCCCAAAAUGUCAGCACAUACAGACUACGUUAUAAAAUGAGUUUGCAAAACAUUAUGAACACCAGAUUUUUUCCAUGACAUAGACUGACCAGGUGAAUCCAGGUGAAAGCUAUGAUCCCUUAUUGAUGUUGUUAAAUCCACUUCACAUCAGUAUAGAUGAAGGGGAGGA